UGUUACUAGACCGCGGAUCAGUGCACGGAGGACUUCAUUCACGAUUAAUACUACCGUCAGUUGUGCGCGAGGUGCCGGUGCAACGAGGAGCCACGACUCCGAUACCAGAGGUAUGUCGGCGAGGCGGAAGCAGGCCCGACCCAGCCGAGCCCAACUCGAAGAGGAACUUCUCGUUCGGGGCCCCCUUCUUCGGACGGCCUCGGCAUCUCUUCAGACAUCAAACCCUGACGAUAUACGAGAGGGAAACGACUCAGGGUCCGAGGGAGAGGAGAUUGGGGGUGGUCGGGUCGGGGGCGGAGGCGGAGGCGGCGUCGGAGACGAGGCCGUCGACCUCACGUCGACGCGGUCUCACCACGGAGACGAUGAGGACAGAGACGAUCAAGGAGGGAGCGAGGAGCUCCCGAUGGAGGAGGACUACGAUGACGGGGUCGAGGAGACUGCGGAGGGGCACGAAGACGAGGAGGAGGAGGAAGGGACGCGGAAACAGAUACGGCACAGACAGGACGCCGAGAACAACAACAGCUUCGUCGAAGGAGCGGCACCUCCGACGACCGGGAUAUUCCCGCCGGCUGGCGCUAGCCACGUAACCCUCGAGGCCCUGCAGAACACGAAGGUUGCCGUAGCUCAGUUCGCGGCUACGGCCCUCGCCGGCGGGGCCGACAGCGAAGCUGCCCUCCAGGAUCUCGCCCUCCUUCAGAGCACACUCUACACGCUACAGCACCAGCAGGUCUUUCAGCUCCAGCUGAUAAGCCAGCUGCAGCAGCAGCUCUCCAUAACGCACAGCCAACCGACGUCGGCGACCUCUCACGCCCCCGGCAACGUCCCUCUCGGGAACGAGGGACUCAAGGACGAAGGCUCCCCGUCACCCAGCAUUCACCCGAAGCCCCUUUCCGCCCUGACGUCACCACCCCCAUCCCGACCCCCAAGCCAUCAUCAGCACACCACGUCGCCGUGCCCCUCGACGCCGGUCAGCCUGUCACAGGAACACGCGAUACCGCCGUCGAGCGCCUCGCCUCUUGGUCUGCCUCUUCCGGCGUCGACGGGGAUCGCGGUGCCACCGACGAUUGGCGGGGUCGGCGUCGUUCCGACGACGACGAGCGCCAACCAGCAGACCAAUGGUAGCAACAAUCAUAUGUCACUGUCUCAUCAAAUGCCGUCUCUAUGCUCCAUUAGCUCCUCGCUGGCUUCCACAAUCAUCACGAACACCGACCCCCCGCCGCUCCACGAGCCGAACACCCUCGAAAUGCUCCAGAAACGAGCGCAGGAGGUGCUUGACAACGCGAGCCAGGGCCUACUGGCCAACAACCUCGCCGACGAACUAGCGUUCAGGAGCGGCAAGGGCUCGCGUCUUUCGCCGUACGAUUCUAAGUCGGGGGGAGGCCGCGGGGAGCCAUUCUUCAAGCACCGAUGCCGGUACUGCGGCAAGGUCUUUGGCAGCGACUCUGCACUCCAGAUACACAUCCGAUCACACACAGGUGAGCGACCCUUUAAAUGCAACGUCUGCGGAAGCCGAUUCACCACCAAGGGAAACCUCAAGGUUCACUUCCAGAGGCACACGGCCAAGUUUCCCCACGUUAAAAUGAACCCGAACCCCAUACCCGAGCACCUCGACAAGUACCAUCCCCCCCUACUCCAGCAGUUGGCUGCCCCCGGUCAGAGGCAACUCACCUCGCCGCCACCCCCGGCCCCCCAUCAUCCCCCCUUUCAUCCGGCAGCGGCACACGGAUUUCUCCCGCCACAACCGCCCCUACCUCUCACCCUAACUCUACCUGGUAUGCCACCCCUCUACCGAACCCCGGUGCCCGUCAACCACUGCAGGGACGAACAAGACGUACCGGAGAACCUGAGCAAGCCAGUCGGCGGUGCGACGAUUUCAACCCCGUCCCCACGUUCGCCCGUCACUCAUUCGAACUCGCAUCAUUCCUUUCACGACCACCCGCUCCAUCCGUCGUCGUCGCUCCAGAAACACCAGUCGCAGCCGAGUCACGAAUUGAAAUUGGAGACAGCGAGGUCACCGACGACGCAGGAAUCACCCACGGAGUCUUACCGACCUGUCCGACCCGCUAGUCAGGAGGAUGGAAGCGGGGAACGUGUCACACCCAAGCGGGAGCCCGAGGAGGCGGAAGAGACUGCCGAGGAGGAGAUUGACGAUUACGAGGAGACGAGGCGAUACCUUUGCACAUCGCCGCAAUCGACGGCGAAUCCAACGUCGCAGGCUCAACCGUUCGAAGAUUGCAGCAUGGACAGUAAAAUGAGCGGGCGGCUCGAGGGUGACGGUGAUAUGGAGGGGGACGAGGAGAUGGAGGAACAACCCGAGAACUUGUCCAGCAGGGGGGCAACCGGUCGGCUACCACAGCAGACGGUUGGAUAUCCGGGGGCUUCGCCGGCUAGCAGUAGCGCCAGCAGUGGAAGCUUGCAGUUCUCUUUUGCUGGUAUCCUUUUUCCCGGACCACCUUCCCAUCAGCAACAGCAACAGCAGCAACCCCACCACCAGUCCUCGGUCGGACCCGCAACCCCCACCGGUCCCUCGGGAGAGAUGAUGGUGGAUCCAGCGAGGGACCCGGCCAUCUAUUCAAACCUCCUACCGCGGCCGGGCAGCAACGACAACUCCUGGGAAAGCCUGAUCGAGAUCACGAAGACCUCUGAGACCUCGAAGCUUCAACAGCUGGUCGACAACAUCGAGCACAAACUGACGGACCCUAAUCAGUGCGUGAUUUGCCACCGGGUGUUAUCCUGUAAAAGCGCCCUCCAGAUGCACUACAGGACUCACACGGGAGAGAGACCGUUCAAAUGUAAGAUAUGCGGCCGCGCCUUCACGACGAAGGGGAAUCUCAAAACUCACAUGGGCGUGCACAGGGCUAAACCACCGCUCAGGGUGCUCCACCAGUGUCCCGUAUGUCACAAAAAGUUCACCAACGCCCUCGUCCUUCAACAACAUAUCCGACUUCACACCGGCGAACCAACCGACCUUAGUCCCGAGCAGAUCCAGGCCGCGGAGGUUAACGAGUUUCCAUCCGGCUACCCUCACCACCCCCUGGCCUCCUUCCUCCCCCAGGGUUUUCCCUCACUUCAUUCCACAGCGGGGGCCGGCUUCGCUCUGGGGUUUCCGCCCUCGAGGCAGCACCACCUCACUGACCGGCACGAGAACCACGUGGACGGUAAAGAGCCUCGGCACCACCUCCACCAUCAUCACCUCCACCAGCACCAUCAGCUGCAGCAGCAACAGCAGCAAGAUAGAUAUCUGGACGAGCAGGGCGACGAGAUGGACGAUCAAGAGGACGAGGACGAGGGCAGAGAGGAUGACGACCGGUGCGAGGAGGCGCGGGAAAGGCAAAGCGCCGACGGGGACGAGGCGGACGAUAUCCAGGAGGAGAUUGACCGGCGGAGGCAGGGCUCGGUUCCCCUGUUCUCGACGUCGCUCGCCGCGCUUGAGAAUCAGGUGCGCACUAUCACGACAACCUGCGCGAAUAGUAUGCCCAGCAACCCGCGAAUAGCCUCACCGCCUCCGCACCCGUUCAACGGUAGCGAGAAGACCAGCAGUCCUCCGUGCGGGGGCAGCGUCAGCGGGGGUGGAGGCGGCGCGCCCCUGGACUUGACCCCCAGGGCCUCCUCGACCCCCGCAGACACCUCGACGUCGACACCGGACGCGACGCCUCCGCCCCCCGCUCAGGUCAGCUCGCAUCACACCCCAGCGCCGCACCCCUUCGGGAUGUUCGCCGGCCUGCUCCAGGCCGUCUCCUCACCCCCGUCAACGAGCUCGAUGGGCAGCGUCGGGGGUGUGAACAGCAUCGCGACGAUGAGCUCGAGCAACCCGGGGAAUGGUGCAAGCGGGCCGCUGGCCUCGCUAACGACGUCCGCAGUCCUCGCUGCCACCUCCACCUACAACCCGCUCGGCCUAGCUGUCGGAGGGCCAGCAGUCCGUGGUAAUACGACCUGCAAUAUCUGCUACAAGACUUUCGCGUGUAACUCAGCCCUGGAAAUACACUAUCGAAGCCACACCAAGGAACGACCCUUCAAAUGCACAGUCUGCGAUCGGGGAUUCUCAACUAAGAACAACGGUUCGUGGGACCAGGACGUCUGCUCCUGCGCGAACCAAAGGAACCCUUACCUGACAAAUAUCACUACCACAACCACGAUCACGACUACAACCACAACCAACACCACCCUUGAAACUAGCCCCCAAUACAACCUUCAACCACCACCAUUACCACCACCACCACCACCACCACCACGGUCACCCUCCAGCAACCACGAGAGGCCCAAACGUAGGCGGCGGCGGCCUGAGGAACGGAAGAGCCGGGGGCGGUCUGGGUCCGGAGGGGGGCGGCAUCUCACAUAUGCUCCCGUUCGCCUGCCCCCGCUACUGCCCCCCGCCCUCGGGCUUCUCACCUCGGACCACGUCUUCCUGGGAAAUAUGAAGCAGCACAUGUUGACUCAUAAGAUACGCGACAUGCCACCUCAUCUGUUCAGCGAUUCGAAAUCGGCCGGUCAGCAGCAGCAGCAACAGCAGCAACAGCAACAACAGCAGCAACAACAGCACCAGCAGGUCAUACAGGAGCAGGAGACGUCCAGGAGUCCAAUGUGCUCCGAUGACUCCAGCUUACCACCGCCACCUCCACCCCCGCCACCGCCACCUCCGCCGAUGCCACCACUCGCCAUGGAGUCAGCUGUCCCCGUGAAGAGAUCACCGCCAGAAGGUGAUUUACCCGCGCCAAAAAGACCGCCCAGCAUGUCCAGCAAGCAUUUGUGCCAAGUUUGCAAUAAGAACUUCUCGUCGUCAUCGGCUCUCCAGAUCCACAUGAGAACUCACACCGGUGACAAACCGUUCCGAUGCACCGUCUGUCAGAAGGCCUUCACGACCAAGGGGAACCUCAAGGUUCACAUGGGGACCCAUAUGUGGACGAAUGGUGCCUCCCGUCGAGGACGUCGCAUGUCGUUGGACCUACCGCCGCUACCAAUCACUCCGAAAGACUCGGAGUUUCUCCAGCGGAGGCCAGACCUUUUUUACCCAUACCUACCCGCACCAUUCCUUAACGGUGUUCAGCAAAAGCUGAACGAAAUAUCCGUGAUCCAGAACAGCAACGGUUUGCCGCCGCACCAUGGAGGCGCGAACAAAUACGCAGGACUCUUCGGAUCCGUUUACGGCGCGGGUUUCCCGCUGGAGAAGCAGCCGAUGGCGCCGAGCAACGGGCCCCUGGGGGAAGGUAAAUCGUCAUUGCCGACGGGGUCGAUGCUGUUUCGAACUCCUUCGCCGUCGCAUUCGCCGGGAACGCCGUCAUCGAACACGGGUAACCAGAACUCGGCGAGCGUUCCGGUCUGGGGCAGCAGCGUCGUCGGGGGCGGCGGUGGCGGCGGCGGUGAGUCGCUUCAGCGCCACUUCGAGAGGGAAGCGCCUUCGAGGUCUGACGACGACUCGACGCCCUCAGCACCGCGACUUCCACCCCCACCUCCACCGAGGGGUGAAGGUCUCGCCGCGUGAGCGUUUUCGAACCCGGAAAGCUCGACCCGCGACUGAGAAUGAGUGUACUAUCCAAUUCCGGAUGGAAUCCGGAACUGGCGAACGAACUCUGCAUGCAUAACGUCUCGUUGCUCAGAAGUAUUUCGCAGAGACUCGCAGCCUUAAGGACUAGGGUCAGAAACCCCCUGCACCUAAAGCAUUCGCAUCAACGCAGAGUUCUACCCCCUGUUUUGAUUUAGUCGGUUUUUGUUUGUUUCUAUUUUUUCCACGCGAAUGCUGAAUAUACGAACGGCUCGAGUUGAUGUUGUAACGAUGAAGACACCAUGUUCCUAUUAUCAGACUAGUCUUAAAAGUGUAAAUUAUUGCCCACGAAUCAUAUGCUAAGUCUAGCUUGGCUUAGGUCCCCUGAAUCUUUGCAAAGUUCAGGACCUGUUUAAA